UUUUUUUUUUGAACAUCCCCACACUUCCCUUCCGUGGUCUGGAUAUUCCGGGUGACUGCAAGAAGAGUUUUGGAAUUUUUGUUUUGGUGUUUUUUUUUUUUUCUUUUUCCUGCCCUUGAACUGAAUUUGCCCUCCGUGCAUGCCCCUUCUGGAGCAAGGCUGGAUCCUGAACCUCAGUGCAUGUGGGGGGCAAAGCCUCGUUAAUAUUCCUGCAGUAAUAGUAAAAUGUAAAUUGGAUAAUACGACUUCUUGCCAAAGGCUCCAAUGAGUGGCACACAGUCCACAAUCACGGACAGGUUUCCUCUCAAAAAACCUACAAGGCACGGCAGCAUUCUGAGCAGAGAGUCUCCAGCUGACAAGAAACAGAAGGUUGAACGCUGCAGCAGCACACACGACUUUGAUCCGACAGAUAGCUCCUCCAAGAAGACAAAGUCUAGUUCGGAGGAGAGUAGAUCGGAGACGUAUGGUCUUGUUCAACGGUGCGUUGUCAUCCAACGGGAUGAGAACGGAUUUGGGCUGACAGUCAGCGGAGACAACCCAGUCUUCGUGCAGUCCGUCAAAGAAGAUGGAGCAGCCAUGCGGGCUGGAGUGCAAACAGGUGAUAGAAUUAUCAAGGUGAAUGGCACCCUUGUAACACACUCAAACCAUUUGGAGGUGGUAAAGCUGAUCAAGUCGGGUUCCUAUGUAGCUCUCACUGUCCAGGGGCGCCCACCGGGGUCGCCCCAGAUCCCACUAGCUGAUUCUGAAGUGGAUCUGGCAGCGUUUGGGCAUAUGUCUCCCAUCAUGACAUCUCCUCAUUCACCUGGCAUGUCAGGAAAUGCAGAAAGGAUCACUAGCCCCGUGCUUGUGGGGGAGGAGAAUAAUAUUGUCCACAACCAGAAGGUGGAGAUUCUGAGAAAGAUGCUACAGAAAGAGCAGGAGCAGCUGCAGUCUCUGCAAGAAGAGUACAGCCGAUCACCCACCACGCGACUGCUCAAAGAGAUACAGGAAACAAAGAAGCACAUUCCUCAGCUGCAGGAGAGGUUGUCCAAAGCCACAGGCUCUACUCAGGAUGGAGUCUUGUCCUCCAGGUCUGCGGCGGAAUCGCUGCAGUUCAGUGAAGUGGAGGCAGAGAGCGGGGAUGGUGUGAGCAAACUGGAUUACAGUGGUGACAGCCCCUCCCGACCAAGCAGUGACAUUGCUGAUAGUCCUCGCAGUGGCUUGAAGGAGCGGAUUUAUCCGGAGGAGAGCCCAGAGAAGGCUGAGGUUCAAGAUACUGAUUCCCAGUCCAGUGUUGGAAGUCCUUUAUCCCGAGUGGGGCCUCAGAUCAUCGGAGCAGAGGAUGACGACUUUGACACUGAACAGGAGCAGAUUAAUGGACAAUGCAGCUGUUUCCAAAACAUUGAGCUCCUGAAAUCUCGCCCAGCUCACCUGGCUGUUCUUCUGCAUCAUGUGGUGUCCCAGUUUGACCCUGCAGCAUUGUUGUGCUACCUUUACACAGACUUGUACAAACAGACCAACUCCAAAGAGACUCGCCGUGUCUUCCUGGAGUUUUACCAGUUCUUCUUGGACCGAGCUGCAAAUCUAAAAGUUCCAGUUCCGGAUGAAAUCUCCUUAGAACUAGAAAGAAGGCGGCCAGAACUCAUUCCUGAAGAGCUUCAUCGCCAGCUUAUACAAACUAUGCAAGAUAAAGUCUGUCCAGAAGUUCAAAGGAAUCUGGAAGAUUUCAGGCAGAAACGUAGCAUGGGGUUGACCCUGGCAGAAGGAGAGCUGACCAGGCUGGAUGCAGAAAGGGUUCGUGACCGGAAUGCGGUGGAGAAGGAAAGAGCAUGUGCAGAACAGAUUAUUGCUAAAAUCGAGGAAGUCUUGAUGACAUCUCAGCCUCUGGAAGAAGACAAGAGUUCCACGAUGCAGUAUGUGAUUCUUACUUACAUGAAACACCUGGGAGUCAAAGUUAAGGAACCUCGAAACCUGGAGCAGAAGCGGGGCCGCAUUGGUUUCCUGCCAAAGAUCAAGCAAAGUAUCAAGAAAGAGAAAGAAGGAGAGGAGAAAGGAAAGAGAAGAGGCUUUCCUAAUAUUCUUGGCCCACCAAGGAGACCGAGUCGACAUGACAGCAGUGCAAUUGGCAGAGCCAUGGAAAUGCAGAAGCCCCGCCAUCCAAAGCACUUACCUACAGCAUCUUCUGUUAGCCCAGAGCCACCAGAUUCUAGCAAGCUGCGCCAGAGCGGGUCCUCCAGUGAUGGAACAGAGGCACCAUACCCUCCUGCCAACCCAAUGUCUCCUUUGGCAAUGGGUCCCUUUUCCUCUCCAGAGGGAAGCAAAGACAGCGAAACAGGUUUGAAGCAGACUGGAGAAGCUCCACCUGCUAAUGACUGUAUGGAUGGCACACCCCGCACACCUAAUAACACCUUUGAAUUCCCAUCUCCUUUGGAAAACUUGCAGGAGGAGGAAGGAGAAUCAGAGAGAAUGGUUGACAUGGGAACACCAAAGCCUUUUCGCAAGAUGGACAGUGUUGGUUUCGCAGAUGUGCAAAGUGAAGACGAGCUGUAUGAUUUUGACAUGGACAUGGACCCUCCCAACUGGCAGCAACUCGUGAGCCGAGAAGUGUUGAUGGGGCUGACAGCCUAUGAAAUCAAGCGCCAAGAAGUGAUUAAUGAGUUGUUUUACACCGAGAGAGCUCACGUCCGCACGCUGAAGGUUCUGCAUAACGUCUUCUACCAGCGCGUCACCCGGGAGGGGAUCCUGAACUCCAGUGACAAACGGAAAAUCUUCUCAAAUCUUGAGGAUAUCCUUGGGCUUCAUGUUGCAUUGAAUGAUCAGAUGAAAGCGGUCCGAAAAAGGAACGAGACUUCUGUUAUUGGCCAAAUUGGGGAAGACUUGCUUUCCUGGUUUAGUGGACCAGCAGAGGAGAAGCUGAAACACGCAACUGCCACUUUCUGCAGUAACCAGCCCUUUGCUCUGGAGGUCAUCAAGUCACGCCAGAAGAAGGACUCUCGCUUCCAGACUUUUGUGCAGGAUGCUGAGAGUAAUCCGCUGUGUCGCCGGUUGCAGCUGAAGGAUAUCAUUCCCACAGAGAUGCAGAGGUUGACUAAGUACCCCCUUCUGCUGGAUAACAUUGCUAAGUACACAGAGCUGCCCGAAGAGAAAGAGAAAGUGAAGAAAGCAGCAGAUCAUUGUCGUCAGAUCCUCAACCACGUGAACCAGGCUGUCAAAGAGUCUGAGAACAAGCAGCAUUUGGAAGAUUAUCAGCGUCGUCUUGACCUGUCCUACUUGAAGCAGUCGGAGGAUCCCAUGAUGGAUGAGUUCAGGAACUUGGACCUGACAAAGAGAAAAAUGCUUCAUGAAGGACCUCUAACUUGGAAGGUGAAUCGUGACAAAACUAUCGAUCUCUACACUCUGCUUCUGGAGGACAUUCUGGUGCUGCUGCAGAAACAAGAUGAUAAACUGGUACUGAAGUGUCACAGUAAAAUCUUGGCAUCGACAGCUGACAGCAAACACACCUUCAGUCCUAUCAUCAAACUGAACACCGUUCUGGUUCGUCAGGUGGCAACAGAUAACAAAGCUUUCUUCGUCAUCUCCAUGUCAGAAAAUGGCGCUCAUAUUUAUGAACUGGUGGCACAGACUGUUUCAGAAAAGAAUGUAUGGCAGGACCUUAUAGCUCAGAUGGCAGGGACUGUAAAAAUGGAGAGUACAAGAAGAGUGAUUCCAUUACCACAGUCAGGACCUGGCGAAGAAGAGCGUGAAGAAGAGGUACAGCAGAAGCUCAAAGAGCAGCACGACAUUCCUGCCAGUAGCCUACAAAGUCCAGAUAAAGAUUUGGGCCUCGAGUCUCCCUUAAUACUGAACGCUCAGUCUUCUUCGCCCAUCAUGUCUGAAAAGUCCAAGGUAGAAAGUCUUCUUGCUUCAGAAAGACAGUUUGAUAAGGUGCAGCAGGCAGAGCUGACACUUAAAGAGUCUCCUGCUUGCUAUGAACACACAACCACCAGUUUGCCUCCGGUAUCAGAAGGACAGUGGGCACUGGAUGCAUUAAGGAACUUGGGCCUGCUGAAGCAGUUGUUGGUGCAGCAGCUUGGCUUCUCUGAGAAGGGGACCCUCGAAAGCCGGCAGCGCUUCCCCAGGUUUAGGACCGUUUCUCAAGAAGCCCAAACGGAGAGUGGGAGUGAGCCUGGACUACAGCACUCUGAGAAUAACAAAUUUCACCAGCCUGGAACAGACAGAACGCUUCCAAGAACCGGGACUAAUGAGUCCACAGCUAAUUAUGGCCUCCGGACUUCAGGUGAAUCAGCAGGUUCAGGGGAUGCCAUGCAGCUGGCUGGGAGAGACCCCGGGUCGAGCAGUAGCUCGGCGAUAGACCGCAUGAGUGUCAACCUGGAGAUCUCGACCUCAGAGCUGGAAGGGGUGGGUGCUGACGACAGUGGAGAGCAUUUUUUUGAUGCUCGAGAAGCUCACAGUGAUGAAAAUCCAUCUGAAAGUGAACUAAUGGAGAGGAAGGAGGAAGAGGAUGUGCAAAUACGGAUCUCAGGAAAUUAUUUGAUCCUUGAUGGAUAUGGAACGGUGCAGGAGAGCUCCACGGACGAGGAGGUAUCAUCCCUGGUUCUCCAGUGCACUGCAGGUGGCCGCACCGCUUUGGACUCUGGGCAGCAGCAGCAGCAGCCACUUUCCCCCCGGGACACCCAGUCGGACGGAGGGGGCUCCCCGUUUGCCGAGGAGAUGGUGAUGGCCUCACGCUGGGGGGGAGCAGAAGAGUCCUCCUCCUUUGUAGCAAGCCCUCACUUCUCUCUAGAGUCGCGCGUGCAGAUGAUGCAGUAUAUUCAGAAGAUAGAGGACGACCUUGAAAAGUUAAAGGAGGUUGAGGAAGACUACACCAUCCUCCGACGCCAAGGGCUGGCUGGCUCAGCCUCCGUGGGAGAGCACUCAGAGAAAAGCUAGUCAUGUUUCCUGGAGUGGCUGAAGAUUGGAUGAAGAGUAUCAGGACACAGCACCCGCUGUCUUCCUUGUGGACUCUGAGACGAGAGGGUUUGGACCAUCCAAACAUGAACCAUACUCUAGCAAAGUGGGCAUGGGGUGCUUUUCCUGUGGGGCAUCUGCACUAUCUUGUCAGUGAGGGAGUCUAUUCUAUUCUGCUCCUCUCCUUGCUACCAGAAAUUCAUUUUUCAGAACAGAAAAAACCAAACCAAAUGUACAGAGCUUUGGGUGUAGGAUAUAAAAAAUGUAUUUAGACAUUUAAAAAAAAAAAAAAAAAAUCAAUGUAUUUAUUUGACUUCAUUCCGUGUAUCAAAAGCACAUUUUAAUUUUUUAAUCUGCCUUUUUUUUUUGUUCUAUUUUAAUUGGGUAGUGACAGUUCUAGCCCGCUGCAUGUGGUGCACCCUGCUUGCCCCUGCUCCCGAGGCGAGGGGCAGGGCUGGGGGCAGGGGGGGGUGCCUGUGUGCAAGUGCAUCUUCACUGGACUGGACUCUGCACUCCCUGCUGGCACUCAGACUGCCAGGCCAAGAGCUACUUAUGAAGGUGUCAGGAUGACUCGUGGCUGGAACUAGCUGUAUUCAACAAUUGCAUGGGAACUGCUCGUGUCACCACACGCCUACCAAGACUUUUCCAUGCACUAAAUAGCCAGGCACUUCAGAUGGGCAAAUUUUCUUUUUUCCCCUCUCCCAUUAGAGGUCUCUUUUGUUGACAUGCAAGAUUAUACUGGGAGAGGAGAAAGAUAGGUUUAAUUUUUUUUUUUUCUUGACUUUGUUGGCUUUGAUCAUUGUCUCCUUUGUAAAGUGAUAAAAAUACUUGGACCUGCA